AUAAAAAAAUUUAUAAAAACUCGAAAAAUAGUUUAAGGAAUAUAACGGGCGAUUUUAGUAUUUCGUUAUUUCUUUUUAAUUUCGGUUUCUGAAUCAUGUCGUGGGAAUCUGUUGCUUCUAAAGAAUUUUUACGAAAUGGAGUAUCGCAUCAAUUAUCCGCAUCACGAUUGCUGCCAUCACCCGACUGCUCAAAACCAUCAUUAGUAGAUGAUCGUGCAUCGAUAUCGUGUUCCCGUUACAUUGAAGCAUUAGAUUCACCAAAUGGCUCCGAACUUAGAUAUGAUCAUUAUAUUGGUACAAGUAAUUCGUUGUUAGGUGCUUGUGCCAUUAGCAUGAAUCAUGGAUAUGUGGAACGAAACAACUGGGGCUGUUUUUCAUCAUGUCGAAGUCGAUUUCAACAAGUGUUAGCUAAACGAAAAAUAAAUCAAGGACUAAAAUUAUACAACAAACACAAACAACAUGCAGCCGUAAGAAAAUGGAAAUCAGCGUUAAAGACAAUCAAAACUCGGGAAGAUAAAUUUGCCUUGCUUGGUUACCUAUAUCAAGGCUAUAUGGAUUGGGGAAAGUAUAGAGAAGCAUUAGAAUUUGGACAUGCUCAAUUAGGCAUAUCUGAAGAAUUAGACUCACCGAAUAUGCGUGCUGAAUCGUAUUUAAAUUUGGCUAAAGCACAUGAAAAAUUAGGAGCUUUUGAAAGAGCUUUAGCGUAUGCUAGACACUCUCUGUACAACGAAUGUGACACAUGUUUAACUGCUGGUUAUGUACAUUUAACUGUUGGUUCCGUCUAUUUAGAAUUAGCUGGAUUUUCUAAAGCAUUAGAAAGUUUUCAAAGAGCGCAUAAAAUAGCACACGGCAUACAUGAUCCCGCAUUAGAAUUACAAGUUUACGUAGGUCUUUCAGAAUUAUUUAACCGUUUACAAGAUUCUGAUAAAAGUACGAAAUAUGCAUCGAAAGCAUAUGAUCUAUCGAGAUCUUUACAAUUAGGCGAUUUAAAUUCACGUCAUCAUCGUGCAGCUUUGAUACAAAUGGCAUCAUCGUUACGAAAACAAGGAGAAUAUGGUGAUGCGCAUGAUUAUUGCUCAGAAGCAACACGUUUAGCAUUAGUUUCUGGGGAUCAUGCAACGUAUGUGCGAAGUGUACGAAUUAUGGGUGACAUAUACCGAAAAAAAUGUGAUAUUAAUAAAGCAUUUUCACAAUAUGAAACUGCUAUGGGAACCGCUGCAGCAAUGGGUGAUCGUAUUGCACAAAUGGAAAGUAUGGACGGUGCAGCGCGAUGUUUAGAAGCAUUACGUUUACAAGGGAAAAUUUGUAAUUGUCGACCAUUAGAAUUCAACACACGAUUAUUAGAAGUAGCUAGCUCUGUUGGUUCAAAGUUAUUGGUACGCGUUGUGAGAUUAAGACUGUCUAGUAUUUACAAUGCUCUUGGUGAUGUGGAACAACAAUUACAUCACGAGAGAAUAGCUUUAUGCAUCGAACAAGAUUUGGGUUUGACAUGUGGCGCAUGUACGAGUCCAUUAGGAUUGGAACCAGAUUGUUUGGAACCAUUAGCCUGCGGGCAUAUUGUACAUGCAAGAUGUGCGCAAGAUAUAUUCCGGCGUAAAGAUAAAAAGAAGAAAAGUAUUUGCCCAGACUGCCACCGAUCAAUAAAUUCACGCAUAUUUUUAAAUUCAGAGGAUUCACGCGUACAUCAAUCAUCACUCAGCCUUGCAUCAUUAUCACUUAGAGCUUCAACAUCCACACUCAAUAGUAAUUAUCACAUAACAAGUUCUGUUUAACACUCAAUCAAUCAAUCCAAUAUACGUCAUUCAUUCAUUAAUUAGCUCA